AUGCCCGAGGAAAAUCACCGUUGGGGCGAUUACUACCUUUCGGGCGGAAGGAAACGUAAAUCAUGGCUUUUGGAAAUGAUACAUCUGAUCAACCAGUCGAUACCAACAUUUAAUGAGCUGUUUGAUGAGGAGACUUUUUACCUUUUCGCUUUUUUGGUCGUAAUUGGGUCCAUACUGGUAGCAGUUUUCUUAUCAAAAGUUGUUGGCAUCAAAUUGCGUGAACAUCCCCUUCGUGUCGACCGUGAGUGGCGCAACCCAAUGCCGGCUCAUUUUUUUGAUUUCCCGUUCGACCGCCGUUUCAAGUAUUUGUAG